AUGAGUAGGGUCCGUGUUUCUGUUUCCAGAGUCCAUUCAUCAAUACAGGACUUCUGUCACUGGGAACGCGUCAUCAGUGCCCUCGGGGAUCCGAAGAAGAAGAGCACCCACAUUCCAUACCGGGAGUCCAAGAUUACACGCUUGUUGAAGGAUUCCCUUGGUGGCAAUGCACAGACCCUUAUGAUCUGCUGUAUCAGUCCAGCCUCUGCCAACUUCGAUGAGUCCCUCAAUGCUCUCAAAUAUGCUAAUAGGGCAAGGAACAUAAGAAACAAGCCUAUUGUAAACAGAGACAUUCAGUCAAUUCGUUUUGAAGAAAUGCAAAGUGAAAUCAAGGCACUGCGGGAAGAACUGGUGCGACAGCGCACAUCAGUUUUCAGUGCUGGGAGAGACCCAAGCAUAGAGAGGAUGCAGCAAGAUGUUGAUAUUAUACAGGAACUGGAAGAGAAAGUAGUCAGAUUACAGACAGAGUGUUCCCACUACCGCAUGGUUUCGGAGGAAGCCUACAAGCAGCUGAUUGAGAUAAAGGAGAGAGAGAUGUUGUCCAAGAGUCAAGACAUCAGGCUAAAGGACUGGCUGGAUCUCAUGGAAGAGAUAAAAAACAGAGUUCCCUCUACAUUAUCUAGAGAAAGCAUGGAGAACCAGACCAUUAGAGAUUUGGAGAGUGAACUUAGAAAGUGUCGUGACGAUCUCAGAAGUGAUGAAGAUAUCUUUGCUGAGAAGACGCGAGAAGUAAACCACCUGGCAGAGAGAAUCGAAGAACUGGAGAAGGAAGUGGCCGAGGGCAAUGCAGCACUCAAGUCCUCCUUCGAGACGCAUGCCAGCCCAGGAACAGAACAUGCUGGAGCAGCAGCUGAAGAUCGAGGAACUGCAGAGAGCUCUCAAAGAGACACUGCUAGGUUCAAGCAGCAUUCUGGACAGCACUGCUGUUACGUCAAGUGCACCUCCUGUCACGGGCAGAAGACCCAAGUCUGUUCCUGCUCACGUCAAUCGCAAACAGGACAAUUUUUACUCAAAUCUGAGGCCACCAUCACGAAACAUCAAGACAAGUCCUGCACUGUUUUCUCUGGAACGGGUCAUGCAAAGCUUCCGGGCCCGAAGCCAGCUCUUGGUAACCAGGCUUGAGGACAGUGACGAGGUCCUGCACCAGACCUUCAGUGAUGAGGAGAACCAACGGCCUGGAACUGGAGAUAACUCCUUUGUCCGUCGAGGAACGUUCCGUGUAAAGAAGGGGUCAAGGAAUGAUGAAGACAAGGAGAACCGGUUGUCUGUAGACGACAUGCCAGAAGUCAGGAGGAGCAAGCCAG